AUGAUCAUUUUAAUAUUUCUGGCUUAUAUCCAUCUAAGUGUUAACCAAAAAAUCGAAUCGAGUUUUCUUAGAGUAUACGGGAUUUAAGCUUUCUAAAUAAGGAAUAUAACAUAAAAUGGGUUUCCUUUAAAAUCAAAGAUCACCAUAACGCUUUAGCAUUUAGAAGGAGAAAAACCAAUACUCCUAAUGUGUUCUAAUAAACCAAAUGCGAAUAUUUCAAUGGAUUAUGAAUCAAUCAUAAAAUAAUGCUUUUAUGAUGUAAAUGCAUAUGAAGAUAAGAAUAAAAAGUAGGUGCUAUCUCUUUAGGAUAAGUAAUUUGUGGGGAAAUUUCAUCACAAUUACAAUAUAUAUGAAUAUUAGGAUGCUGGUUUAUUUAUUGGAGCAAUUUCAAAACUAUAAUCAUCUUAUAGUAUUUAAGCAGAAAUCUAGUCAAUUUACACUUGUUAAAAAGAAUGUCGCAAUGGAGCCAGUUGUUUUUAUGGAGUUUGCGAAUGUUUAUAAGGAUCAUUUGGAGAUGAUUGCAGCAUCUAAGGGUUGAAUAUUUUGGAUUAGAAAACACUUUCAUCAAGCCAUUUAUAUUAUUUGAACAUCAAAUAACUAACUAAGACUGCUUUUUUAAGAAUAUUGUCAAAUUCGAUUCCAAUUAGAAGAUAAUGUUAUGCUGAGAAACCUUAAGUGAAUCAUGGAGCUUAGGUUUUAACAAACUUGUUAUAACUAGAUCAUGAUCAAAUAAAGAAUUGCCAGAACAUUACAUUCUAGGUUUAGGAUGAGAUGAAAGUUUAGUAAAUUCCUUAUUAUUUAUUUAAAAUUAUGGAUGUAGAGAGUGUAGAAAUAUUUGAUAACAAUCUUCAAGAAGAAAGUUUAUCGACUUUUAUGUUGAUUCUAUUUAUCGGUUUAUCAAUAUUUCUUUUCCUUAUGAUAGCUUGCUGUUGCUCAAAGUACUUUAAAAAUAAAGUCGAUUAUUAAAAAUAACAAUUAUAAACAGAAGCUAUUCCAACUUAUGUUGAUUUAUACAUACCCACUUACAAAUUCUAAGAAAUUAAAUAAUCUGAUGUUCCUUACAUUCAUACAGAUGGUCAUUAUUGUUCAAUUUGUUUAGAAAGAUUCGAUUUAUAUAAUAAUGUUAAAAUCACAUAUUGUAAACAUCUCUAUCAUUCUAAAUGCUUAAGACUUUGGAUUGAAAAGAUAAAGGUCUGUCCUCUUUGCAGAGCACCUUUGGAUGAGUAAACUAUCAUUUCUAUGGUCCCUCCAAAAUCUUUGACCCUUAUAGAUUAGAUUACGAAUAAAAGCACUAAUAAAUUCAAAUCGUCGUAAGGAUCAUUGAAUUCUUUGAAUAAUCAAAAUACAAAUAAGUUUUAACAUUUGAAUUAUCAACGCAGUUUAGCAUACAUUGAUUAAUGA